AUGGCACACCCCUCACAACUAGGAUUCCAAGACGCGGCAUCACCCGUAAUAGAAGAGUUACUACACUUCCAUGAUCACGCCCUAAUAAUCGUAUUUUUAAUUAGUACUCUUGUACUUUACAUUAUUGUCGCAAUAGUCUCCACUAAAUUAACCAACAAAUAUAUUCUAGAUUCUCAAGAAAUUGAGAUUAUCUGAACAGUUCUCCCAGCUGUUAUUCUUAUUUUAAUUGCACUCCCAUCAUUACGAAUUCUUUAUCUUAUAGACGAAAUUAAUGAUCCACAUCUUACCAUUAAAGCAAUGGGCCACCAAUGAUAUUGAAGCUAUGAGUAUACCGACUACGAAGAUCUCGGCUUUGACUCUUAUAUAAUCCCCACACAAGACUUAGCCCCUGGUCAGUUUCGGCUAUUAGAGGCCGACCAUCGCAUGGUUGUCCCAGUUGAAUCUCCAAUUCGAAUCCUAAUUUCAGCAGAAGAUGUCCUUCACUCAUGAGCAGUCCCAGCCCUAGGAAUUAAGAUAGACGCAGUACCUGGACGUCUAAAUCAAACAGCCUUUAUUACUUCCCGUCCUGGAGUUUUCUACGGACAAUGUUCAGAAAUUUGUGGUGCAAACCAUAGCUUUAUACCUAUCGUAGUCGAAGCAGUUCCUCUAGAACACUUUGAAUCAUGAUCAUCUUUAAUACUUGAAGACGCCU